AUGAUUAACGAAUCUGUAGAUAUCAAAUACCUAGAGAAUAACCAAUACUCUGAUGAAGGAAUAAAGGCCUAUGAAUUUAUAUUUGGAGAGGAUUAUAUUUCCUCAGGAGGAUUAACCGCUACAAAGAAAAUUUUAAGCGACAUUCAUUUGGAAGCAAAUUCGAAAGUAUUAGACAUAGGAUCAGGCCUAGGAGGAGGUUGCAAAUACAUAAAUAUGAAAUACGGAUCACAUGUUUAUGGCGUUGAUAUAUGCCAAAAGAUGGUUACCAUUGCAAAACUAAGGAAUAAAGAUAAAGCUAAUAUCGAAUUUGAAGCUAUAGAUAUUCUUAAGAAAGAUUUUCCUGAAAACACUUUCGACAUGAUAUAUAGCAGAGAUUCUAUUUUACAUUUAUCAUUCGCUAAUAAGAAAUUAUUAUUUGAAAAAUGCUAUAAGUGGAUAAAGCCAAAUGGAAUACUUUUGAUAACAGAUUAUUGUGCUGAUAAAAUAGAAAAAUGGGAUGAAGAAUUUAAAGAGUAUGUUAACAACAGAAAAUACACCCUGCUGCCUAUUCAGGAAUAUGGUGAUUUGAUUAAAUCUUGUAAUUUCAAAAAUGUAGAGGUAAAAGAUAUGAGUGACUACUGGCUCGAGUUAUUACAAUUAGAGCUUAAUAAAUUAGAAGAAAAAAAAGAUGAAUUCUUAAAGAAAUAUUCUUUAAAAGAAUUUGAUUCUUUGAAAAAUGGGUGGACAAGAAAAAUUAAAGACACCAAAAGGGAUUUGCAAAAGUGGGGUUACUUCAAAGCCCAGAAGAUGAUAUAA